GUCUGGAGCGGUUUUCCGGCUGCCUCCUGCUAAGGAUUUUAAGGCUAGACGCCAAGUAGGCAAAGGCGAAAAAAACCCACCAGUUCGUUUCCCACAAAUUCUUGACCGCUUUUCCCAGCUUUUCUUGGCGAGGAGGCAGCGUAUACGGGAGGUGCGCAGGUGUAUACGGGAAGGUGCGUGGAAGUUUCUGACCUGUAGCGUUGAAGCACAAACACGUGUGUGUGUGUGUGCGCGCACGUUUAGUUAACAUUGAUUCUGAGAAAUGGAGAACAGCAUUUAUCAAGUUUAUGAAGAUGAAAUUCAGUCGUUGGAAGAAGAAAUUAAAAUUUUGACUGAAAAGUAUGAAGAUGGCCAACAGGAAUCCACAUUUUUUUCUGAUGAGGAGAUACUAAUGUCAAUCAAGUCAUUCCAAAGAGAAUUUCAGGGCGAGUCGAAGGGACGUGAGUCUCCGUCAGACCUGAAAGCUCAACUUGAAGGUCUAGAAACAGAUCUCUCCUUUUUAAUGAAGUUUACUGGUAUUUGGCUCACAAGUCAUUCCAAGAAAACCGUGGAAAAAACUGGGAGCAGAACAAUACAGAGGCACAGAUUAUCAGGAAAUUGCCACUCCCUGCCUUUUCAAUUGGAGUUUCAGCUUCUUGAAAUAAAGAACAAAGAGAGCGUGUCUGCUGUUAUUACUGAUCUCAACAUUAUAAUGGAAUCUGGGGAAUAUUCAGGUGUAAGCAAAUUUGUGUCCAGCACUGAAGAACAUGGAAAUCUUUUGCAGUUUUUCAGGAGCCUUUCAUCUUAUGCUGAGUGGUAUGAACAUCGUAGAUGCACCUUCCUACAUUUCAAGGCCAGAUAUCCUGACAUUGUAAAACUUCCUGAAGGACUGUUGGGAGAUUAUAUAGUUCUGAGGAACCCGAAACUUUCUGGGUUUGAAUUAAUGAUUGUUUGGAAGAUACAUAUAGACGAAGAAGGGAGAGCAGCACCUGUUCUGGACCUUCUGACUAAAGUACCAGAGCAAGUCCUGGAGCAGAAGAUAGCAACAGUUGAAAAUGCACCUACCUGCUUCCGAAGUAUGCUGCUUUUGUUUGGGAUUGAGACAGCUGUUGAAAAUCUUAUCAAAGUGGUUGGCUUGAAAAAGUGAAUACCAGCAUGACUUAAAACAGGUUUAAGUGCAGGAGAUGCUCUGAAUGUUAUGAAGUACUUCAUCUGGAGAAACAGAUACAGUCCUGCCAAAGGUCAAAAAGACCAAGCCACAUCACAGAUCUCUGCAUGAACAGGUACAGAAUUUGCCAUCUGUCCUGAAUAUUGCCCCAGACAAUGAAAACUUUUAUUAUCUUCUGUGGUUUUUUCCCAUGCGUUAUGUGCAUAUAAAGAAACACCAAAGAUCUUCUACAAGAUAAAAACGCCAGGCUAGACAAAUAUGAAGCUAAAUAAGAGCAAGAGGCAGGACAGCCACAGUAGUGCAGUGUCACUAUGGCAGACUUAUGCUUAUUAAAGAGAUAUUAGAGUGCCCACGCGGAAAAAGCUUUACAAUAAUAUUGUUCUAUUGCCAGUACUCCAGCAUACUCUGGUUCUCUGCACCGAGUUUUAUUGUUACUAUAGUCAAUCUCCAAGUUCUUUUCCUGUGUCCUUUUGUAAUACAAAGCUUUUCCAGGAAAAUGCUAUUUUGUGUACCACUGUACAAUAUAGCACCAAACCAAGUAAGGUUUACUCUUAGGAUUAUGUAACAGUGGAGAAAGAGAAAGCCUAACACUGAUGUCCAAGCUGGAAACUUAAGAGAGGAAAAAGCAGGAGCAGGAGAGAAAAUAAGAAAAUAAAUAACACUGCAGAACAGAGUGUGAGAAAACAAAACGCCAGGAGCAAAACACUCAGAUAAUGACUAAGAGCAGAGACAGAAGAAAAGACCACAUCCAAAAAAUUAAAUGUGUUAAGAGGUAAAAAGGAGAUUGUCACUAACUAGGCAAGUUUACUAACAACUUUUUUUUUUCUUUUAUAAUAAGUAGGUAUUUCUCAUCUUACACAAGUUGUCUAGGACUAAAAACAGAUUAGUUACUGUAAAGCAGGCUUUCCGAGGCUGCGUGCUACAUUUAAUAUUCUUCAUCUAGUUAGAUUCAUUUUCCAGACUGAAACAGCAAUAUGCAAUAGUGCGUUACAGAAAAAUAAGUUAUUUCUCUGCUGGUUCAGUAUGCAGUGCAUGAACCAAAAAACCCAAACCUUUGGAGCUUGUAGGAAAAGUACACAUUUUCCAAAGCACUUUCACAGCACUUCUAUCAUUCUAUAAAGGCCAGAACAGCACUUAUUCUUUAAAAUGUUUGGCAUGUUGUAGACGGAGUUGUUUUUCAGGAUCGCUCUCCUUGCAUCUUUUUGAGAGAACCAAAAUACGUUUGCAGCAAUCUCUUCAGAAAGGCAAUCUUCCAUUGCUCAAGUCUUAGAAGAAAAUACAAAGUAUGAUCCCUGAAUAACUUUCCCAAUUGCAGUUGUUUGGUCUAAAGAGGAUGUUUAAGAGAAAGUAAUUAAUAGGCAACAAGGCCACCUAAAUGAGCAUGGAACAGGAUAUUUUAAAGCAGUGUUGUUCAAUUUGUUCAAUCUGUGCUUUGCAGGAAGGCCAGCGCUUCCAUCAGUAGUGCCGAACACACCUAGAUCCAUCACAGAGGACUGCUGUUAAGUCCAGGUUCCUUCCCUCCUCCCCACCAAAAGGCAGAGGAGGACACCACUGGGGAAAUGGCGUGUUCCUGUCCCCUCUGCUCUCACCCUGAGCAGACUACAAGCAUGCUAUAGAGGUUUUCCCUUGCAUUUAAUUUAUCCCAGUCUGGGGAACAAGUAGUUCCUUUGGAGAGGGGGAAAGAAAAAAGGCAGCAAUUUAAAAUGUCUAUAAACACCAAAAAUACCUUCCUCACUUUAUGAGGCGAGGAACUAUUAUUCUAAGUAAAUAUUACAGCAAAACCUUCAGUUUACAUACAGACUUCCUCCCUUUUUAUGGCAACACAACCCUUUCUUUAGGGUAUACAAAUUCCAAACAUUGAGCAGGAAUAUUACUUCGUCUUGUACAAUAACAGAAUUUUCAGCUACUUCCCAUUUACAGAUUACUCUGACCUCAUUUGCUGAUGCACACAGGACUUGCAGACUUUUUUUUUUUCAUCCUGGGAAUCAAAUAAGCAUCUCUGAAAACUACGGCACUCACUACUACUACUACUACUACUACUACUACUACAAGGAAAAGACUCACCAGUUCAACAGAUCAGUACCACUUUUAGGUUGCAGAUCAAGCUUAUGACACUUGCUGACCUCCUUUUAAGAGCAAGUACCUUUGAUAUUCCGAACAAUAAACAAUAUUAACAGACUGCUGGAGCAUCACCUUUUAACAUUAAAAAGGUAAAAAGGUUUUGAAGAACCCAUCACUGCUGCCAGUUCAUUUAGUAAAACACCAAACACAUCAAAUAGGUUCUAGCCAAUGAGAUUCAACUUGAAUCUAUGCAAAGACUGAAAAGGGCAAAGAACUCAUUCAUGCAGAAGACUCAAAUAUACCAAAAUUGGUGAUAGGCAAUCAUUCCACAAGUCCUGACAUUAAUAUUCACUCAAGAAAUGCAAGCCCCAGAGUUGCAUUCAUUUCAUUACUAGUAUUUUUUAUUACAAAUACCUCACUGUAAGAAUAGGUUUGUGAGGACAUUGCCAUGUUUAUUCUACUAGAACAUCAGGUCCCAAAUUCAUAAGCAAUCAGUAUGUAUUAAUAUUACUAGAAAUCAAUGUAAGGUCACAUCUGAACUUUCUUCCCUUUUCCAAAAGAGUUAAGCAGAAGCAGUUUUAAAAGACUGAGACACACCUGUCCAGAUAGGAAUUUUAGUAUGCCUCUUAUUAGAGAGUAUUUGCCUUGAACUGCUUCUGUCAGAGCCACUUACAUUUGAUGAAGCUACAAUUUCAUGCCUAGAAAUAUGACACUUUAUACCCUAAUUCAUCUUGCACUAGUUAGGAAUACCAAUUACACCUAAAAAACAUUCUCUCUAUAGCUGUCAAAUUGCUAUGUACAAGUUUGGUCCAAAACUCUGAUUCUCCAGGAGUUGUUUACAGAUCUAAGGAUAAAUUAUUUGCUCCUCAGUUCUGCUGAAAGAAAAACUGAUCUUCUAAAAUAAAUAAAUAUAAAUUAAAAAAUUACAAUCAGCAGAAUAUUCAAAUCAUAUAACCUCCUAUUUAAAAAGCAAUGAUAAAAGGAUUUGUAAAUCGCAAUGUCCAGAUAAUCACAGUACUAGGUAAACAGAGAGUUAUGAAGUCAGCUGCAAGUCAGUUCUGUUCAAAUGUAACAUUCAAAUGUUUUACAUUCAACAGCAGGGCUUCCUGAGGCAGCGUACAUUGCCGAUCUAGCUUUAGUAACAUGAACUUACAGAGCCACAAUUUAAACACUUUCAGAGCUACAUUACAUAAUUGUGUACAUCCAGAAAUUACCAUUUUGUGGUUACAGUGGUAAGAAAAGCAUGUCUGUCUGGGGCAAGUUUGAAUGGGAGCGUUGCUAACAUCUUCUAAAAACCAAACUUUUGAUGCUUAAACAGACCCAGCCUCUAGGAAUAACUAUCAUGAUAUAUUGCUGUCCUUGCUAGAAUUCUGAGUGAUUUUACUCAUCUGAUUACGCAGGGGAGAAAAAAAAACAAUCAAGAAUCUGAGCAAUGUUCAUAUAGUACCAGAUCACCACACCCAAGGCAUUUUUGUUGUGUAUCACUAUCCCAGUCCAAAAAAAUUAUACGCGCAAAGAAACUUACUGAAGUAUUCUCAACUGGAACUCUGUAUUCUAGCUAAUAGUGAAAAAUUACUUCCUGUCUUCCUUUGCUACUUCUUCACAUGAUGCCAUUUUGUAUAAGGAUUAUUAUGCAACAUG